GUCACCAUGGCGACGGCCGGGGCCCCGCGGCGCUUCUGCCGCUGCGCCUGCUUCUGCACCGAGAACCUGUACGUGGCGCGCUACGGGCUGCACGUGCGCUUCCGGGACGAGCGCCAGCUGCGCCGGGACUACGGCGCGGUCCUGCGCGCCCGAGGCUGCGUCGGCGCCGAGGAUUUCCGGCAGCUGCUGGCAGAGCUCGAGCAGGAGGUGGGGCGGCGGCGGCGGCUGGCGCAGGAGUCGGCUGCCCGGAGAGCCCUCAUCGCCAGCUCCUACCUCCCGGCCCGGCCGGACGUGUACCGCUCGCUGCAGGAGGCGUCUCUGGCCCCGGAGUUUCUGGCGGCAGCUGAGUACAGCUCGUCCCCGGGCGCAGGCCUGGAGGGCCUUCUCCAGCGGCUGGAGACGGUGUCCGAGGGGAAGCGCAUCUACCGGGUGCCCGUGUUCGCCGCGCCCUUCUGCCGCGCGCUGCUGCAGGAGCUGCAGCACUUCGAGCAGUCUGACCUGCCCAAGGGAAGGCCCAACACCAUGAACAACUACGGGGUGCUGUUGCAGGAGCUGGGCCUGGACGAGCCCCUGGUGACCCCACUGCGGGAGCGCUUGCAGCCCCUGACGGCCGUGCUGUACCCCGACUGCGGCGGGGGCCGGCUGGACAGCCACCGUGCCUUCGUGGUCAAGUACGCCCCGGGCCAGGACCGCGAGCUGGGCUGCCACUACGACAACGCCGAGCUCACCCUCAACGUGGCCCUGGGCAAGGCCUUCACGGGGGGCGCCCUGUACUUCGGGGACCUCUUCCAGGCACCCGCGGCCCUGACGGAGCCCUUGGAGGUGGAGCACCUGGUGGGCCAGGGCGUCCUGCACCGGGGCGGCCAGCUGCAUGGAGCCCGGCCCCUGGGCAGCGGCGAGCGCUGGAACCUCGUCAUCUGGCUCCGGGCCUCUGCCGUGCGCAACCGCCUGUGUCCCAUGUGCCGCCGGGAGCCCGACCUGGUGGACGACGAGGGCUUCGGCGACGGCUUCACGCGGGAGGAGCCCACCACUGUGGACGUGUGCGCACUGACCUGAGUGGCAGGCGCCGGCUUGCAGGGGCAGAAAUAAACGCGGGCGCGCAGCUC